AUGGGCGUGGUGACCAGCGUGAUUCCCGUCGCCUAUAUCGUUGAAGAGUUGGGAGGUGAGCGCGUCCGGGUGCAUGCGCUGGUGCCGCCGGGUGCGAGCCCCCACACGUUCGAGCCGGUGCCCAGUGAUCUACGGAAGCUUGCUCAGGCUCGGCUUUUUGUCGUCGUGGGUGGAGGCUUCGAUGCCUGGUCCGACAAGCUUCUGGGGGCGGCGCCCAAGGGUCUGGAGACCUUGACACUGUUCGACGCGCCGAACCUGAAGCCUCUGGAAGGGACGACGACCAUCACGGCGAAGAACAGGCUGCCAAGGAGGGCGGCAAGAAGAAAGAGACGCGGUCGUGCCGGUGGUGGUGGAGCGGUUGAUGGCGGCGGAUCCGGGCGGCAAGGAAUACUACCGGAAGCGCCGGGAAGACUUUCACCGGAGGUUGACAGCGUUGGGUACGUGCGGAUUGGACGGGAACUCGGCAACGCGAAGACGCGAAAAUACGUCGCGUUUCACGCUGCCUGGCCCUACUUCGCCGAACGGUAUGGCCUUGAGAAGGUCGCGGUGGUGCAGGAGUUCGGCGGCGAGGAGCCGACCCCCAGGGAAGUCGGCAAUCUCGUGCGCGAUGCACGCGCCGCGGGAGUCGGGGCCAUUCUGGUGGAGCCGCAACUGAGUCCGCGGGUGGCGCGGACCAUCGCCGCGGAGUUUGGCGCCAAGACGGUGUUGGUGGACCCGGUGGGCGACCCCGGGGACCCGGCGCGCUCCAACUACGAAGCGCUCAUGCUGUUCAACACACGAGCUUUCGGCCGGGCGCUGGAGGGGAAACGGAAUUGA